UACCAAACUUUUGGUCGAUGGCAGCACUGUGUUGAAUGCCGCAGUUGAAUGUGGAACAACACAGCUCGUCGCUCGUCCUGUGGAAGCAGUACGUUGAAAAUAUUAAGAUUUAAAAUACGAUAUUUUGAAAGUUGACUGACAAUUGCAUUCCACUUGUUAGUAACCCACAAGAAUGUCUGGUCGCGACGGUGGCAAGAAAAAGCCUCUGAAGGCGCCGAAAAAGGAACCAAAGCAUUUGGACGACGACGACUUAGCGUUCAAGCAAAAGCAAAAGGAACAGCAGAAAGCUCUCCAGGAGGCCGCGAAAAAGGCGAGCCAAAGAGGGCCCCUGGUCACGGGCGGCAUAAAGAAAUCAGGCAAAAAAUGAUGUACUUAAGACUGACAACAACCGCACGCCCCGUGCGCAAUGUGUUUUUUAUCGAGACCAUGAUUUUUGAUAUAACUAACUAACGUGUCGACCAAAGAACGCCCGAACGGUGUUCUCGUCAUCGAGAUAUGGUAAACCACUUGUAAAUAAAAUGAUCAUGUAUCAAA